AUGUUGGAAAGAGUGUCUUCCAAGCUAGCAGGGUGGAAGGGUCGACUGUUGAGUUUGGCGGGCCGGAUUACGUUAACCAAAGUGGUACUUGGGUCCAUACCAGUUCAUACCAUGAGCUCUAUAAAGCUCCCGGAAUCCACAAUGAGAAGACUCGACCGACUGUCUCAGAACUUUGUAUGGGGCUCUACUGCAGAGAAGAGAAAACAACAUUUGGUUGGAUGGGAUAAAGUCUGUUCACCCAAGACAGAAGGGGAUUUAGGGAUUCGAAAAGUAAAUAUCAUGAAUAAGGCGUUGGUUGCAAAAGUGGGGUAG